UUAUUUAGAAACGCUUCUUCGGAGAAGUACUUUUCUUCACGCGCAUUGGCUCAAGCUUUCUCUCGGUUUCUCUUGUGCGACACUCUCUCAAACUCAUGCUCUCUCCCUCUCAAUUCUUACACAACAACAACAAUUACGACACAGAUUCUCUUGGUGGGAUUUGGAUUUCAAAACUGAUUCGAAUUGUUAUGGAAUCAGGAUUCGAUUCGCGUUGGUGUUCAGAAAAUGCAGCUUUCGAUCUUGCUCACAAGGUAUUCGAUAAAAUGCCUCACCGAAAUUUUUUCCUCUUUUUGCUUUUAUUUUACUUUUGAUUUGUUGCUGUUGUGUUUCUUAGUCGCUAUUGAUGAUUGUGCUCAGGUUGAUUUGCAUAUUAGCAUAGAAUUAUCGUCGUUAUUACCGUUUCGUGCUAUUGCCGAUGAGAAGUAAUUAGUGUUCAUUAUGCGUGACAAAUAUAGUGUUUCUUUCCAGUUCUAUUUAAGACUUGCAUGUUGUCUAUACAUGUGGUAUUUGUGUUAGAAGUUAGAACAGGGUAAUUGUAAAAGAAAAUCUAAAGCAAUGGGCCAAUUCUUCCUUUUUAAGUAUACGCAUAACCUUGGAUACAAAAAUGAAAAUUGGAAUAUAUUAAACAUAAGCAUGUUAUUUUGGGACUUCUGAAACAUUUGAAGAUGCGUUCAUUGAGAAGGCUUCUGAAAGAUAAUGGCGAAGCUGAUACUGACGUGAUUAGAAAGUUAUUUGCAACAAUUGAUGAAAAUAAAGAUGGACAUCUUACUCAUGGUGAAAUGACAGCACUGGUUGUUGGAAUUCAGUUCGAGGAAAUUGACCUGGACCAUGACGACGCUGUGACAAGAAUAAUGGCAGAUUUUGAUACUUCUCAUAAUCAACUUAUUGACGAAGCAGAGUUUGUUAACGGAGUCUCCAGAUGGCUCCAAGGAGCCAGGCGUUCUAAAGUUCAAGGCGGUGAUGCUGGUGCCCACACUGUGAAGUUUUUAAGUGAUUUUCACUUCGAAACAAAGAGGGAACAUGAUCUUCUGGAUGUGGGGGGUCAGGGUGAAGAAGCCACUGAAGAAGUUAAGAAUGCUAGAUGGGUUUCAAUCAAAGCAGGCCUGCUGCUGCUACUCGAUGCCCUUAUCGCUGCUGCAUUUGCCGAUCCUCUAGUUGGAGCUAGCUGGCACCAUCAUGCAUGGAGGAGAUUGUUUCAACAGGACCUGGCAUUCGUUUCCUCCAACUCUAUCUGUUUACAGACCGAAAUAUGGUUACUCAGCUUGUGAGAAGAGCUGAAAAUGCUGGUUUCAAGGCAAUUGUUCUUACUGCAGACUCUCCGGUCAUUGGUCGUAGAGAGGCUGACAUAAAAAAUAGGUUGACAAUCAUUGCAAAAUUUCUUUUAAAUUGAUUAGUCUUAUAUUCAAAAAAUAGUUGUAAUAUGACUAAUUAAUAAUCUAACUAACAAGUUCUUAUCAAGGAAUUAUUAGUACC